GCACAGACGACAGCAGCAGUGGCCGAUGAGAUGGGAAGAGAAACUCCAGACGCCUGCUGCAGGCUUCCAGUUCAAUUCAACCAGCCUUGAGUUAUAGCACCUCCAUGGCUUUCCUACGAUGUCUAAGUCGAUCUCGACGGCGCUGCAUGGUGCUGAGUCUGGCCGCGGUGGUCACCUGGUUUUGUUUCUCCCUCCUGAGUGUUCCUACGGACGACGGAGGGCAGCCGUGGUUGGCUGGACAGGGGAGGACCGUGAAGCUGGUGCGAGCAGAGGGUAGCCACAGGAAUAUCUUAGACGUGGGAGACGCCUCCAAAGGAGACGUUGAGGUGAGGCAGGGGAAGGAGGAGGAGGUGGAGGUGAUGGUGACUACAGUUGACGUCAGUACCUCACAACCUUCUCCGCCAUCCGUGCCCGAGUCCAGUAGGGACUCAGAGUGUAACGGACCGUGGCCUGGUUACCCAGACUGUGGAGAAAAGAUUCAGUGGAUGAUGGAACGCUGGGAGUCAGAGGAAUGCUAUGCAGAGCAUGGAGUCGAUGGCACGCGAUGCUCCAUGCAAAUCUACUUAUCCGAGGUGGAGCAGUUUUGUCCUUACCUACCAGAGAGAGAAGGAUACAUCAACGACCUGGCAUCAAAGCGUCCUGCAGCAACUCCGCGGUUCGAGGUGGACGGUCUUCUGAAGGAGCUCGGAGGGAACUCCAAGUUUGACUGGAUCUGCCACCGCAUCCAGAGGAUGUGGCCAGAGUGGUACCAGGCCCUCCACACACUGCAGGCUCAGAAACCCUUCUCCCACGCCACCACCAACGUGAGUCUAUGUGUGAAAUUAUAGUUCAUAGCCAUAGGUAUAAUAGAUAGAUAGAUAGAUAGAUAGAGAUGUAGCUCCUGGCCUACUUGCAAGAGGGCCACAUUAAACUUUCGUGCUAAGCUCUUUCACCUCUGAAGCCUACACUUCUUUCCCAUUCUGUUUGCCAUAAUAAGCAGUGGCUAUGUUAUUGGUGACAAACGUCACAAAAGUAGCAGCUGUUGGCUACAAUGAUUCAUGUGCACAGCAUAAUAAUUAAUUAUGAUGAUCAAGUUCUUGCUGAAGCGCCAUUAGCAUUGAUGUAUAUGUAUGUAUGGUCGGGAUCCCGCUCUUUUACACCUUCAAAACCCUUUAUAGUCUACAGCACCUCUGUUGCCCAGGGAUGUUAGUGCUGAUUAGGAUAGGUUUAUAGCAUGUUUUUCACAAAGGCUCCACUUCUAUGUAUGGCACAGGUUCUCAUCCACAUUGGGGCCCUCACGGAUAAGGCUGGGUUCCACUUUGCCGAGAACGCCGGGAAGGGAGGUCCCCUGGGGGAGCUUGUGCAAUGGAGCGACCUCAUCGCGUCUCUGUACGCCCUCGGCUACAACAUUGACUUCUCCACUGAGAUUGCCCAACUCAAAUCGUCUCUCGUUGUCAACAACAGAGGCGGCUGUCCGAGUGUCUCGGAGACUAAGUACACCGCCAUAUUUGUGGACAUUGUCGGGUUGAAGCAGCUCAAGAAAUUGACCAAGAACCGCUUCCAGAUGUACAAAUGUUUGUUGCGAGUCCUGGACACCUUUGGAACUGAGCCAGUGUUCAACUACAAGAAGUGGAAACCCGAAAAAGACGAUCACAAUCACGACUACGGUCACACCUGGGGAAACUGGGAGUUGAAUCCAAGACAAUUCUGGACCAUGUACCCUCACACACCAGACAACUCUUUCCUUGGGUUCGUAGUAGAACAGCACAGGUCCACAUCCUCCCCCCCUCCACCGGACUCUCAAAAGAGCCUGGUCUACGGGAAGGAACUGUACAUGUGGAAGGGGAAGAGCGACUACCUCAGUAUCAUUGCCAAGUAUUUUGACGUGCAUGCGACAAUCGGUAGUACCGUGGGGAAAAGAGAUAAACUUGACUGGAGUCUGGUUCCUUCGUUGGUUCACAACCACGGCAUUCUCGGUGGAGCUGAACUACAGCAGCUACUGCAGGAAUCCAGACUGUUUGUUGGUCUUGGAUUCCCCUACGAGGGUCCGGCUCCCCUGGAGGCCAUUGCCCAGGGCUGUGUCUUCCUCAAUCCCAGAGUAGACCCUCCCGUCGACAGAACAAACAGCGACUUCUUUAAGAAAAAACCGACCAACAGACAGAUUGAUUCCCAGAAUCCAUAUAUGGCAGCAUUUGUUGGGGAACCCCAUGUGUACACAUUCAAUGCUGAGAACCUGACUGAAGUUGAGCUAACGGUCCAGAGGAUCCUCAAACAACCACGUCCACCUCCCUACCUCCCAUACGAGUUCACGUUUGCCGGCAUGUUGGAGAGGAUAACGGCCUACCUCAACAACCAGCAGUACUGCAGACCCCACCAGUGGCCACCCAGUGACUCACUCGUAACUAGACUCAGCCGACCUGGCGUCAGCUGUAAACAGACCUGCUACGAUGAAGGUCUAGUGUGUGAGCCAGAACUCUUCCACCUGUUGAACAAUGAAGAGGCCUUUGCAAAAAAUGGAAUAGAGUGUCCCAGCAUACAGCGUGGUCACUCAGUCCACGCUCCGUCUCUAGUCACCAGUGACUCUCACUGCUCCCUGCAAGAUGAUGAACUCAUGCUCAGCUGUGCCGGCAGUGAAAAAGACGUCAAGAGACUCUGCUCGUGCAGACAGUAUCGCAGGGGCCAAGUGGCACUCUGUCUGUCAUGCUCCCUGUGAUGUGUGGGUGUGGUCAUUUUUAUGGGAAAAUCAAAUGGGCAAACACAGCAGUUCUGUAUAAUAUUCAGUGGCUAUUGGCCUCUUGUCACAAUAAUAUAAUUAUAUAUAGGCAUCUGGAUAUACAUGAUCUUAUUCCUUAUAAUAUUGGCAACACCUCUUUCUAUGUCAUAAUAAUAUUGUAGGUGACUCUUUUAAUUAACAAGGUAUCGAGAUCAAUAUCAAUUC